AUGUCGGACCAACAACACCAUCAGGAUGCCACGCGGAGGCUCUCCUUGGGAGCUGGCCAGGGUCAAUUCGACCCCCUGGACCUUCCCCUCCGCCAAGUCACCAACGAUGCGAACCUGGAAGAGUACACCGCGGAGACUGCGACGGGAGAGAUCAUCAAGCCAGUCAAAUCUUCUGCUACCGGCAAGGUAGAGGACUGGAAGCUGGUCACAUUCAAAGUCAAUGAUCCCGAGAACCCAAAGAACUGGUCCAAGGCCUACAAAUGGUACUGCACUAUGGUCGUCUCGUUCACAUGUUUCGUCGUCGCCUUCGCCAGUAGUGUGAUCACGGCCGACCUUGAAGGGCCAUCCGAGGCCUUCAAUGUCUCUCAUGAAGUCAGUCUUGUUACGGUUACGGUCUUCGUCAUUGGUUUUGGUGUCGCUAUCGAUGGUAUCGCGUUCAGUGCUCCAAUGACGUUGGUCGGCGGUACUCUGGCUGAUUUGUGGAGGAAUGAGGAGCGUGGUGUCCCCAUGGCUGCCUUCUCUGCCAGCCCAUUCAUCGGGCCCGCCAUCGGUCCUCUUGUUGGUGGUUAUCUCUGCCACGCUGGUUGGAGAUGGCUUUACUGGAUCCAGCUCAUUCUGGCCUUUGUCGCCUGGGUCCUGAUUACCUUCACUGUCCCGGAGACCUAUGCGCCAAUGAUUUUGCGAAAGAGAGCAAAGAAAUUAAGGAAAACUGAAAAUGAUCCGAAGUACGUCACAGAGACAGAAUUGGACGCUCGCCCUAUGGGAGAAAGAUUGCGUAUCUUCCUCCUCCGCCCAUUCCAGCUCCUGUUUUUGGAACCCAUUGUUCUGUUCAUCUCCAUUUAUAUGUCCGUCUUGUAUGGCUUGCUAUACAUGUUCUUCGUCGCCUAUCCCAUCGUCUACCAAAAAGGCAAGGGAUGGAGCUCAGGUCCUACUGGUCUGAUGUUCAUUCCUUUGGCCAUUGGUGUCUUGUGUAGCGCUGCCUGUGCUCCUUUCGUCAACAAGCACUAUCUUACACUUGUUAAGAAGCACGGUGGAAAGCCUCCAGCUGAAGCGCGUCUGAUCCCUAUGAUGCUUUCAUGCUGGUUUAUCCCCAUUGGUCUCUUUAUCUUCGCCUGGACAUCAUACCCCAACAUCCACUGGAUUGGCCCUUGCAUUGGUGGCCUCCCCGUUGGAUUCGGCUUCAUCUUCUUGUACAACUCUGCGAACAAUUACCUCGUGGAUACAUACCAGCAUCAGGCAGCCUCUGCCCUUGCCGCAAAGACUUUCCUCCGUUCCAUGUGGGGUGCAUCCACAGUAUUGUUCACGGAGCAGAUGUAUGACCGCUUGAACGACCGAUGGGCCAGCACAUUGCUAGCCUUCAUUGCCCUCGCUUGCUGCGCGAUCCCCUACGUCUUCUACUUCAAAGGCGCUUCCAUCCGUCGGUACUCGAAAUUUGCCUUCGCCGACGACGAGGAGCAGCAGGGACCGGGAGAGAAGCACUAG